GAUAGCAAAAAUGCCAUGCAACAACAACAAGCAAUGCAUCGAAAUGCUUUAGCUACCCUCGCGCAACAACCCGCAAUAGUUUUGGCCUCCGCCGGCACUGAAAGUUACUCGUCGCRCCCCGCCGCCGCCAAUGUACUCAGMUAUGCAGCGCUACACCGCAACAGUCAGCAAUACACACCGCAGCAGUUACAGCAUAGUCAUCAACAGCAGCAAUCAAGCAAUAUCAAUAUGCUGGACUUCCGUGGYGCAUUCGUGGCGCCCACAGCUUCGGGUGAGCAACAGCCGGAGCUGACCACUUACCCACCGCCGUCAUUUGAUUUUGGCAUGCCACGAAAUAUAACAGCGCGUUCGGGUCAAACGGCAGCGAUAAAUUGUCGGGUCGAACAUUUGGGUGAUAAAUCGGUUUCAUGGAUCCGAAAACGUGAUUUACAUAUCUUAACCGCAGGCAUUCUGACUUAUACGUCCGACGAACGAUUUCAGGUUGUACGCACCGCUGAUUUCAAGGAUUGGACGCUGCAGGUGAAGUACGCGCAGCCACGUGACAGCGGCAUCUAUGAAUGUCAAGUAAAUACGGAACCGAAGAUCUCCAUGGCUUUCCGGUUGAAUGUUAUAGUGACACCACCGGAUGCCAAAGCAAUGAUUGUCGGACCAUCCGAUCUCUAUGUGAAGGUGGGCAGCGCCAUUACGCUCACCUGUCAUGUGAAGCAACCGUCGUCGGCGUCGGAUAUUGGUCCCAUCUAUUGGUAUCGCGCCAACUACAUGCUGACACCCUUUGUGGCGCAUCCGAAUGAGGCAGCCAUCGAUAUGCGGCGCAUAUCAAUGGAAUCGAAUUUGGGCGAAAAGCUGCAAAGCCGGUUGCGCAUAGCGAAUGCACAAACCGCCGACUCGGGCAAUUACACAUGUAUGCCGACCACAGCCGAGGCUGCCAGUGUGAUGGUGAAUGUUAUCAAUGCUGAAACGCCCGCGGCUAUGCAAAAAAGCGCCGCCACACAGUUACGGAAUCGCUGCUGCAUUCUCUUGCUUCUUGGCAUAUUCUCCGUUAGAUGGCUGUUGCAGUGCUCCACAUCUUCGUCAAAAUUGUCACAACACUAUAUACCAACAAAGAUAACAAACAGGACGCAGCCAAUACCGGAAGCAACCUGCCGAACACACUCCGUCGUGAAUAUCGAAUAUCAAACUAUUUUGCAAAGAGAAAUUUGUUAUGGUUCAGUCUCAUGA